UUGUACCUACACCAGAGCUCGUUGACAGACUCCGUGCUCACAGAGAGCCCGCACCAGGAUGGGUGCUCUCCAGGCGCAAAGGAUAUUAUGGAUGUGUGUCUUGAUCCUUACUCUUUCUAUCUUCACAGGAGUGUGUGGUUUAAACGUCUGCACCUCCAGAGGGGCCAGCACAUGCAAGCAAUGUCUGGCUGUGCACCCCAGCUGUGCGUGGUGCUUCCAGGAGGAUUUCGGCCAGGGGGUUGCCAGUUCUUCCCGCUGCAAUCUGAAGAAUGAGCUGGUGGCGGCGGGCUGUGCUCCAUCAGCUCUGGCGUCUCCAACCAGCAGACUGCAUGUGAUCGAGAACCGGCCCCUCAGCAACAAGGCGGCAGGUGCCACACAAAGCGUCACCCAGAUAAAGCCCCAGAAACUACACAUCACCCUCAGACCAGAUGAUGCUCAGCGCUUCACAGUAAAGGUGCGUCAGGUAGAGGACUACCCUGUAGAUCUAUACUACCUUAUGGAUCUCUCCUACUCCAUGAAUGAUGACCUCUUCCGCCUGAGGACACUGGGCAAAGGCCUGGCCGAGGCCAUGAACCGCACCACCAGCAACCUACGCAUGGGCUUUGGGGCUUUUGUGGACAAGCCGCUCUCACCUUACAUGUACAUCUCCCCCAAAGAGGCUGUGAAGAACCCUUGCUACAGCAUUAACACCACCUGCCUGCCCCAGUUUGGCUACAAACAUGUUCUGUCUCUGACGGAGGAGGUGAGCCGCUUCACAGAGGAAGUGAAAAAGCAGAUGGUGUCCAGAAACCGAGAUGCCCCAGAGGGAGGCUUUGAUGCCAUCAUCCAGGCUGCUGUGUGCAAGGAUCAGAUCGGUUGGCGCCCUGGUGCAUCCCACCUUCUGAUCUUCACCUCGGAUGCUAAGACUCACGUGGCUCUGGACGGUCGUCUGGCUGGAAUCGUGCAACCCAACGAUGGGAAGUGUCACCUCAACUAUGACAACAUGUACAGCAUGUCUACCACCAUGGAUUACCCAUCUCUAGCGCUGAUCACAGAGAAGAUGUCAGAGAACAACAUCAAUCUCAUCUUUGCUGUCACCAACCCUGUGGUUCGUCUGUACCAGAACUACAGUGAGCUGAUUCCUGGCACCACAGUAGGAACACUGUCCAACGACUCGGGCAAUGUUGUUCAGCUCAUACUGAAGGCUUACGCUAAAAUCCGUUCCAAGGUGGAGCUGGAGCUUCAAGGUGUCCCGGAGGAGCUGUCACUGUCCUUCAACGCCACCUGUCUGAAUGGAGAGCUCAUUCCUGGCCUCAAAUCCUGCUCUGGACUAAAGAUAGGAGACACGGUCUCUUUCAGUGUGGAGGCCAGAGCUCGCGGUUGCCCCAAAGAGAAGAACAAAACCUUCAUCAUUAAACCAGUGGGCUUCAAGGACUCCCUUUCCAUCACCAUCACCUUUGAGUGCGACUGCGAGUGCCAGACCAAAGCCCAGCCCAAUAGCCCCAAAUGUAACCAAGGCAACGGCACCUACGAGUGUGGCAUCUGCCUGUGCCACCCAGGCCGCCUGGGGCCACACUGUGAGUGUGCAGAGGGGGACUAUAACCCCACAGAGCAGGACCGCUGCACUGCACCCAUAGGCUCUGGAGGACCUCAGUCUGCCAUCUGCAGCGGCCGUGGAGAUUGUGUAUGUGGCCAGUGUGUGUGCCACAGCAGUGACUUUGGAAAAGUCUGGGGAAAGCUGUGUGAGUGUGAUGACUUCAACUGCCUUCGCUACAAGGGGGAACUGUGCUCAGGUCAUGGCGUCUGUAACUGUGGCUUCUGCCAGUGUGCACCAGACUGGCAGGGUGAGAGCUGUAACUGCUCCAGACGUACUGACACCUGUAUGUCCAACCUGGGUCUGUUGUGCAGCGGAAGGGGCCAGUGUGUGUGCGGGGCCUGUGAGUGCACCCAGCCAGGUGCCUAUGGGGCCACAUGUGACAAGUGCCCCACCUGCCCUGACGCCUGCACCAUGAAGAAGGAGUGUGUGGAGUGCAAGCACUUCAAGAGGGGCAAGCUGUUUGAUGAUAACACCUGCUCUCGAAUCUGCAAGGAUGAGAUUGUGCUUGUGGAUGAAUUAGUGCUGCAUGAUGCAAAUGCUGUGAACUGCACUUACAAAGAUGAGGAUGAUUGCGUGGAGCGCUUCCAGUACUAUGAGGACGCCAGUGGCAAAUCAAUCUUGUUUGUUGUCAAAGAGCCAGACUGCCCCAAGGGUCCAGACAUUUUGGUGGUGCUUCUGUCGGUGGCAGGAGCCAUCUUGUUCCUUGGCCUGGCAGCUCUGCUUAUCUGGAAACUGCUGGUCACCAUCCACGACAGACGAGAGUUCGCCAAAUUUGAGGAAGAACGUGCUCGUGCCAAGUGGGACACGGGACACAAUCCUCUCUACAAAGGAGCCACAUCUACCUUCACAAACAUCACAUACAGAGGAAAAGACUGAUGCUACUGAACAAGGACGAAGAUGAAAUAAUGGACAUUUUUACUGUCCUCUGUGGGAAGGCACCAAAUCAUGUGCAGGCCUCUACUGUCACAAGACAAUAAUUAAUAAUUAUUUGUAUUUGUAAAUAUGUAGAAAUCAUUCUGUGGACACAUUUUAUCAGGGAUUUGUCAUAAACACCAACACUGAUAAAUAAGGUAUUGUUUUAACGAUUAUUUGUAAUGUCUCUUUUCAGUCACCAAUAUUCUGGAUAACCCACAGACCUUACGGCAGACGUCAGAGAAAGAACAAAAGGGCAGAUAUUGUUACGCAAAACAAACUUCACUUCCUGAUCACAAUGUUGGAUUUCCUAUUCGUGGUACUUAGUGGGCAGAUAAGCUGUCUUUAAUUCAGUAUGGAGCCAAGUGCUGAAGAUAUAAUGUGGUUUGGAGUAAACUGUCAAAUUCCUGAAAACUGUUGCAGUUUCUUGUGUGGACUCCCAUGUUGCAUACAGUUUUUAAAACAGAACUUCAUUCCAUAAUGGAUAAUUAAAGAUAUUCAAUCAAGAGAUUUGAUUACAAAUGAUUUUGGGAGCAUUAUUAGUGUUUGAUACAAUUAUUUUAAACAAAAGGAAACAUUACAUUAUUCUAAAUGACAUGUGUUUUUAAAGGUGCAAUAGUGACUAAUCAUUUAUGCUGUGUUUUUAUUUUAAAUGUUGAAAAAUUAUUUGAUAAUUUCAGGCUGAGCAUCCUGAAACUCAACUUCACCAAGAAAUAUGUCAAAAGAGAUAAGUUGUAGUUUCCUGCAAUAUGCAUUGUUUUUACAGUCUGCAGUUACACUGUUACCUUUAAUAAGUGUUUGUUACUCCAUGUCAAUAUUUCAUGUAGGCUACAUUUUGCUGCCUGUUAAACAUUGGCCUAGUCAGGAUGCACAUCACUCAACAUGGGGUUUAAUGGUAAGGAUUUUCGAAUGAAUGACCAAAUAUAAUCAUUCCAAAUUACAUUACAAGAAUGUACUAGACAAGAUAGAUUAUGAAUACUUGUUUAAAAUGAUUACAGUUAGAUUUGUGGCUAAUAAAUGAUUGUGCUGCUUCCUGAUGAAUUUCA